AUGCUAAGCUCUGGUCUUAUGGAGAAGAAAUUAGAAGAUCCAACCCUGGUUCACACAGUCAACAUGGACGUCCUAACAAUGCCAGAUGGAACUAAUCACCUUAGAAAGAAUUAUGUUUGUUUUCAUGGUGUAAAGAAGGGGUGGUUAGAAGGGUACAUGAAGGUGAUUGGAAUUAAUGGUUUCUUCUUGAUAACGUAUGUUACUGGUGAGUUGCUAUGUGUUGUAGGGAAAGAUACUAGGGACCAAAUAUACCCAAUUGUCUGGACAGUAGUAUGUGUUGAAAACAAGGAAAACUGGAAAUGGUUUCUAUCAUUGUUAAGUGAUGAUAUUAAUCUUGGGAAGGUACAAGGUUCCAUUCUUAUGUCAGACCAACACAAGGAAAUAAUGAAGUAUAUUGAGCUUAUGAGUCCAGAGCCAAGUAACUACUUGAUGGAGAAGGUCCCUAGAACAUGGUUAAGAGCUUACUAUCAAGUUGGUAGAUGUUUUUCUAGUGUGGAGAAUAGAGGAUGUGAAAAUUUCAAUGCAUUCAUAGUUGAAGCCAGGAAGAAACCUAUCAUCACAAUUCUUGAAGAAUUGAGAAUGUAUAUGAUGAACAAAUUGUGCACAACAAAACUUAAUGGAUGGCCAAGUGAUGUUUCACCUGAAAUAAGGUUGAGGUUGAAUGAGUUAAAGGCUAAUAUAAGAGCAUUGUAUAUGAAGACCUACAACUACGAAAUUUGUCCAAUGAAUGGAAUCAAGACGUGGCCUGAAACUAAUUACAUUCCACCUUUACCCCCUAAGAAUACAAGGAUGCCUAGCAUGCCAAAAACAAAAAGAUUUAGAGAUGUGAGUGAAAAGGGUGGAAACCACAGAGUUUCUAAGAAGGGUAAGAAGAUAUCAUGUAGUUGGUGCAAAGUGGAAGGACAUAAUAAGAAGACAUGUCCAACUCUUGAUAGGCCAAGACCAAGGAAGUUACCAACUAAGGGUGAAAAUGUGAAGAAAAUGACUAUAGAAGUGGGAAGUGGAAGUAGCACAAGAAUGGAAGGGAGGGAUACACAAGGAACUGGGGAGAAUGGGACUACAAGUGACAAGGUAGAGGGUUAA